UCUUUGGCGAUCGCGAGUGAAUAAGGGAGACACGGUCGCAGUUUCUGUGUUCACCGCGGCAUUCCCCAUUCCUAAACAAAUCAUUUGUUGUACCGACACAAUCCGAAUACAUAUCUACCAGUAUACAUAGUGGAUAUUAACAACUGACAACGCGGUAGAGAAUGGCGUGAGCUAGAGAAAAGCGGGUAUCGGAGAAAAAGCGGAAAUGGGUUUUCCACCAGGCGGUGACAGUCGCCAGCUGCAGUCAGCUGUUUAAGUGGAAAACUGCUGCUGGGAGUGAUGGCACCACGGUCCGAAAACUCCUGCUUUGUCUAAGCCCCGUCGGGCCAUCAAACCACAAUGGGCUCAAGCAGUGGCGGCGCGGGCGGGGGCAGCAUCCUCAUCCUCAACGUCGGAGGGUCCAAAAAGAAGUACACCACGUUCCGGAGCCGGCAACGAGCCAACCUCAGCUUUUUCUUAGUUGUGAUGUUCUUCGCAGUGUUCGGCAUCAUAGUGUUCACUGAGGUGUUCUUCAUCGACGAGAGGAAUGUGGGGAGUACCAGUGGAGUGCUUGUCAGGCACGCGGGGUAUCAGGCUGGGUACAGGAAGGGGCAGGAGUACGAUGAGAACGAAGACUACAUAUCAAUCCGUAUGGGCCUAGGCGCAGGAGCCAUGAUGAACGACGAGACCCUAGGCGCACUUUUACUGGGCGGUGGCGGCGGGGUGCCCCCUGCGGUAGCGGCUGCUCGAGCCGCCCCAGCUUUACCUCUUUUACUCGAUACUCUACCUCUUAACUCGAAGGAUCUCAUCGAGACUCAACUUCCUCCAUAUCCAGAUAACUCAACGCUCACAGAAGGAUCUUGGCAGAAUGUGAAUGGUACAAAGUACAAAUUCUUCGUAUUUUCGGCAUUUUUCGACCAAAGAAGAAAAGGACAGCGAAUAAUUCGUGUGAUUGGUGCGACGAAGACUAGGGGACCAGAACGAGUGUGGUGUAGGCUGUGGUACAAAUUAGGGGAUGGAAAUGCUACGACACAUAUUUCAGUUACCGUUCCUGCCAAAGUAUGGGCAAUUCGCGAAAAUUGGAACUUGAAAUACAGUGCUUGCUUCGCGACAUGUCCUCUACCAGCAAAUCGUACCGCCAUACCUGGUACUGUCAGCAUUGUCGCUCGGCCCAGGGACCUACCAGGAAACUUGUUGGUGGUACAUAAUGGUAACAACGAGACCCGUGCUCCGCCACAUGGUUACAAAUUUGGUGUUUGUGUCAAACCGCUUCAUUUUGAUUACAAUAGGGAGAUUCAAAUGCUGGAGUUUUUAGAACUAAAUCGGCUUUUAGGCAUAGAACAUUUUACAUUUUACAACCAUACUAUAGGCCCGCAAGUAUCAUGCAUUCUCAGAGAUUACGAAUCUAAAGGUAUGGUGAAAUUGUUACCAUGGCAACUAAAUAUGGUGAGCCAAAAGGAAAUCAGGACCGAAGGUUUGUUCGCAGCACUGAACGACUGCAUGUACAGAUCCAUGUAUAAAUUUUCCCAUGUGGCACUCGUAGAUCUAGAUGAAUACAUCGUACCGAGACACAACUACACCUUACCACAACUUGUUGAGCAUCUGGAUCGCAGGGGCAACCUCCACACCGCUGGAGCUUUGUCCUUCCAGAACGCCUUCUUUUACCUCCAAUGGUCCGAUGACGAAUCUUUGGCCAACGAGAAUGAUCCAGUAGCGGCUAGUUUGGUCACAGUGCGCAAGACCAGACGAAGGGCCAAGUUGCAUCCACACAAACAGAGGUCCAAGUAUAUCUGUAGGCCAGAAGUGGCUGUUGAAGCUGGGAACCAUUUUGUAUGGGAAUUGCUUCCUGGGUACCAAACCAAGAAUGUACAUGCGGAUCAAGCGAUACUACAUCAUUAUAGAACCAGAACUGUUCAAAACAACUCAUAACCGUUAGAAUGUUUCGGUUUUGUUGGUACAGAGAACUGCCAGUUACGGAAUCAGUUCCGUUUUCUAUUGGAACGGUAAUUUCGAUCUGCGCAUAAUCUGGCCAGUUCAGGACUAGUCUGAGGAUUUGCUGGAACAAAGCUUAUGGAAAAGAAAGGUAGAUAAUAAUGCUUGUGUGAGCGAAAGCGGUAAAGUGUCAGCGUGGGUUUUUAUAUAUGACAUCGGAGCACCUGGUUUGUGCUAUUAACUAAUUUUUUGAUACUAUAACCCAGAUACCAAGAAUACGAGGUUUGUUCAAAAAGUAUCGGAAAUUUUGAAUUUUGGCGGGCUACGUAUGUUCGAUCUUCGAUCUUUUUGUGGCGUUAUGUUGGUACUCAUGACCCUCACUAAUGUUGACAAUAUCGAUUAUUUUGAAUGUUCAGUCGGAUCAAAGAAUUUGUAUUAAACUUUGUGUAAAAAACAACUUGAAGAGCGCGGACAUAUUCCAAAUGUUGACUGUUGCAUACGGCGAAGGUAUUUUGGACAAAAUCAACGUUUAUCGGUGGUACAAAAUGUUCUCAGAGGGCCGACAAGAUGUGAGCGACGAAAAGCGUAACGGUCGCCCAAGCACGUCAACAACAGCCGAAACAUUGAUGAGUUCUUGGCGCAGGGUAGAACGGCCAAUUAUGAAAAUUACCUUCAAGUAAUGCGCAAUUUGUGAAAAGCAAUCCGCCAUUUGUGGAAAAAAAAAUUGGCUUUUGCACCAUAAUAACGCCCCUGCUCAUGCAUCGUUACUUGUGCGCGAAUUUGUCGCCAUAAACAACACUCCAAUAAUGCCUCACCCACCGUAUUCCCCAGACCUGGCCCCCUGUGACUUUUUCUUGUUCCCGAAACUGAAGAGGCCCAUAAAAGGACGACGCUACUCCACGAUUGAACAAGAUAACAAACAAUGGUUUUUCAAAAUGCUUCGAGGAUUGGAACAAACGUUAUCACAAGUGUAUUACUUUGAAGGGGAUACAAUAGAUAUUCAUGAAUAAAUAAAUAAUUCUUAAAAAAAACAUUUUUGAACAAACUUCGUAUUCUCAUUUUUCAUGUUUUUCUUCAAAUGAUUUUAAUACGAUUGACGAUAAAAAAUCUUGACUUAUCCUACCUGUACAACUUCCAAACUUGACAUACACACAUG